AUGAUCCGCUCUUUGCAGCAACUUCUUUGCUUUUCCUCCCAUCCGAACCCCUCCAAGAGUACCAAUACAUCUAUCAAUGGUACUUCGAACAAUGUCGUUCGCAUCAAGCCGAUUCGCAAAAAAGCCCUGAAAGCCCGUGUCCCGCAUAUCCGGACAGCAAGUCCUAUAGUGACUCCUUCUAUCGGUACAAAUAGCACCUGUCUUGCUACUUACAACCCAGAUGCAGAGACUACAGUCUCAUUCGGCUCAGCCACCAGUGACAGCUCUUCCUCAUACCCGAAGGUCCUUGUCAGGUCAUCCACCACGCCAUUCGAUAGCGAGGGCACACCGUAUGUUCCGAUUCUGCAGGCAGAUGGCACGCUGAGACCGCCACAGAUCUCAUUCGGUGGCUAUGGCUCCUACGGGGGCAAGUUCGUCCCCGAAUCUAUAAUAGGGUUCCUGCACGAUCUGACCUCAUUCUUCGAGGUCACUGUCUCAGAUCCUUCUUUCUGGGCCGAGUAUGCCACGUUCCAGCGGCCCCAGCCCACGCCUCUGCAGAUGGCGAGCAAGCUCACGGCCCUUGCAGGCGGUGCUACCAUCUGGCUUAAGCGAGAAGACAAGAACGAAUACGGCAGCCACAAGUCUCGCAAUAUCAUCGGCCAGCUGUUGCUGGCGCGGCGGAUGGGCCGUAUUGAGAUCGUCACUGACUGUGCAUCGGCCAAGCACGGGAACUUCACUGCGGCUAUGUGUGCACGUCUGGGUCUGCGCUGCGUUGUCGUCAUGGGUGCAGAUGACGCCCUGGCUCAAGAAGAGGACGUCCUCGAAAUGAAAAUGCUCGGCGCCAAAGUCUUGACCGCUCGGACUCCUUCGGGCAUGGGUUCGCUGCGUGCGGCAAUCACAGAAGCACUCCGUUAUUUGGUUUGCAACUACGAGACUACGUACUACCUGAUGGGAGGCCCAGUGGGUCCCAGCCCCCUGCCAACCCUCACUCGCACGUUUCAGGCACUCCUAGGCGAGGAGGUUGCGAUCCAGUUGCAAGGAUUAACCGGUUGUCAGCCGGACGCUAUCAUCACAGCCAUUGGUAGCGGUAGCGGUGCUGUGGGCUUGUUCAGGCCCUUUUUGCAGUACCCCACCAUUCGACUCAUUGGUGUUGAAGCAGCUCAAGCCGCAACUCUAACUGAAGGCGAACUUGGCGUCCUUCAGGGUGCUCGCACGCUCAUGCUUCAGAACUACGACGGCCAACUUCUUGAUUCCCACUCGAUCUCGCCAGACAUGAACCUCUCCACCGUGGGGCCCGAGCUGGCUUAUUGGAAGAGUAUUGGUCGUAUUGAAAUCUCGACCGCUACAGACGCAGAUGCCCUGGACGGAAUUAAAACUCUUCAACACCACGAGGGCUUUCUAGCUGGCCUGGACUCGAGUCACGCGGUGUGCAAGGCAGUUGACUUGGCCAAGGAGCUUGGGCCAGGCAAAAAUCUCGUUCUGUUGGUGACGGGGUGUGAUGGCAUUGGCAUGCAUGGUCUGCUGGAGGUUUGA